AUGAUUAAAAGUCGUAGCAUACCGAUUUCUAAUAUUCUACGCAAAUUUACUCAACGAUAUGCAUCAUCACAAGCUUUAGCCACUGAUUUAAAAAAUAUUGUGGGAAAUGAUAAUGUCGCAACUACUGCAAGUGUUCGAGAACAACAUAGUCAUGAUGAAUCAUAUCAUGCAGGUCAUGUACCUGAUGUUGUUGUUUUUGCACAAAGUACAGAUCAUGUUUCAAAAAUUGUUAAAUAUUGUGCAUCUAAACGUGUUCCUGUUAUACCAUUUGGUACUGGUACUGGAUUAGAAGGUGGUGUUACUGCUCCGAAAGGUGGUGUAUGUCUUGAUUUGAGUCGUAUGGAUAAAGUAUUGUCAGUAAAUGCUGAAGAUUUUGAUUGUACAGUUCAAGCUGGUGUCACUCGAAAUGCAUUGAAUACAUAUAUUCGUGAUACUGGUCUUCAAUUUCCAAUAGAUCCUGGUGCAAAUGCAUCUCUUGGUGGUAUGUGUGCAACAAGUGCAUCAGGAACAAUGGCUGUUCGAUAUGUGAAUAGAAUA